AUGUCUGCGGUUGCUCUCAAACACCACCGAUAUCCAGAUCCAUUACAGCAAGCUGACAAUAAGAUCGAAUGUAGCCUCUCUCGGAAAGAAACCAUCAAGGUCCUCUACAAGGACAAAGAUGACGCUGACGGUGCCACCCUCCAGAUGGUGCACGAAAAGCUCCCAAAGAGCAUAGCGACAGCCUUCUCGACCAAGUGGGAAGCCGAACUUCCUCCCAUGAGCAAGAAAAAUCUUAGCGACAAUCGGAACAUCGCUGCUGGUUCGGUUGUUGUUACUGGUGGGAGGCAUGGUAUAUGGCGUGAUAUCGUCAACUGGAUGCUUGCAAGUUGCCAGGGAUUUGGGUUUGCACAGACUCCAAGUCAAAGAUUCAAACCAUAUUCAUUCCAAUACUUCGUCCGCGAAUGCGCCGCGUCCAUCGGAUGUGAUACUCUUCAGGAGCGAGCAAACAAGCGGAUGGAGCGCAUUUGUGUGGAGCAGGUGCAUUCGGAGGACGUUCGUGCCCUCUGGCUCGUCGAUCCUCCAGACGAGGAGAUGAAAGCAUUUCUUGUCGAGCAUAUUGCUGUUCGAUUGUGGGAGAAGCGACUCAAGGCCAAGAGCGCAUAUUGGACUCUCCGAGAAGAAUUUCCUGACCUGGACGCAAGGAUCGACACUUUCCUUGCUCGGAUGAAGUACGGCAAUCCUGGUGAACCUCGUGGGGAUCAACGGCUGAGGCCGGGAAAGCAAGGGGGUAGCGACACGGCUAAAAAUGACCGUGCGGCGAAGGCUCGAGCGAAGGGGUCGAACGAACAGCAGGAUGAUGACGACGAGGCCCAGAGGGUUACCUUGAAGAUGGAGGUAGUGAGGAAAGCGACCAAGAAAACCCCGGCUUAUGCAAAGUUGGACCUGGCUUCCAUCGGCGUCACGAGAGACCAAUUCUGUGGUUCGAAAUUUUAG